GUCUGGUUUGGGACGACAAUGAGUCCCGCUUUGCCCCAGUUGCUAUCUGCUCUACUGGCCCUGAUCUUCCAGGCUUGGGGACAGGGUAGCAGUGCUGCCCCUCUCUGCUCAGAAUACCAGGAGGGUUUUGAGGAAUCUUGUUAUGAGUUUGUAGAUUUUCAACGUAGUUUUCACAGUGCACAGGGCUGGUGUGAGAGGGGAGGGGGGCACCUGGCCUUCAUCCUGAAUGAUGAGACCCAGCAGUUCCUGCAGAAGCAUCUGCAGCCGGAUAGGGACUGGUGGAUUGGACUUGCACCAGCCUCUGAGAACCUGACCCGGGAGUCUGCUGCUGCAGAAGGACCCUUGUCCUGGCUCGAUGGCUCUGAUGUGAGUUAUGCGAAUUGGAAGACGGACACCCCAGCAGCUGUGCAGUGCGGGUACAUCCUGAAGGAUUCUGGGUACCAAUGGGAAGCUACCAGCAACUGCAGCCAGGAGCUGUACUUCAUCUGUGAGUUUGAGUCAGGCCGGUCUCUGGGCUGUGUGGAAUACAAUGCUACACUGCAGUGUGGCUCAGGUCGGGUGAUCCAAAUAGAUGACAGCUUCUACGGCAGAAAGACACUUCACUACUGCCAGCAACCCAUCUCUCCUCCCUCCCCUGGACCAGAGGAGGAGUGUAGCUGGGUGGACGCGGCCGAUCUUGUGGCAGGGCACUGCCACGGACUGCAGGUGUGCCAAGCUGUCGCUGAUGUUGCCUCUUUCGGAGAGCCUUGUCCUGGGCUGGGGAGUUACCUGUCUGUAGAGUAUCACUGCAAAGAGGGUCUGCAGUUGCUGGUGGGGGAGCUGGUGCCUGUCUUUGAGAAUGUCACCAUCACCCUCAGGUGGCUCCUCUUCCCUUUCACUGGAAACCUCACCUGCAGCCUGAGUGCUGGGGAUGGCCGCAUCAUCGACCCCUACAGCCCAGCACAGUCAAACAGCAGCGUGGUUCACAAGUACACUCGUGUCGGCGUUUUCACUGUCAGCGUGGAGUGCACCACCAGUGAGUGGCAUGUGGCCGCACAGAAAACCAUCUCAGUCCAGGAGCCAGUCAGUGAGUUUGGCACCAUCAGGUGCUACAGCAAGAACCAAUGGAGAGACAGCCUUAAUUGCAGUGUGCUAUAUGGGAGCACAGUGCAGAUUCAGGUGGAGCUGGAAGCAGGCACUAACGUGACCUACACAGUGCUGUCCGGCAAUUCUCUACUGGCUAAAUCAACUGCACUGAGAGGAAUCAUGCCCCACAAUCUCACCAUAGACACAACUACUCAGCAACACAUGGGUCCAGGCAGCCACCCACUGACCAUUCUUGCCUCCAACAAUGUGACAGCCCCCAAUGUUACCGUGGAACUGGAGGUCCUUUUUGUGGAGCCGGUUCAGGGUCUGCAGGCCACACUGACCUCCAGGGAUGAAAUAGUCUUGGGAAAUGACCUCCAAGUCUCUGUGUCCAUAUCCCACGGUGCUCCGGUGGAGUUGGUGUUCCAGUUUGUUGGCCUCAGCAAUUACACUAGAAAAAGAGAGUUGAAAGACAACCAAACCAAAGAGUUCAGUUUUAGAACAAAUUUUGAAGGUACCUUUCAUGUAACUGUCUCUGCCUCAAAUGACUUUUCCGAGAUGAGUUUGGAGAUUGGAAGCCAAACAGUCAUCCCAAAUCCAGGCAGCGCCUCCAGCGUAACUGAAGAGCCAGAGGAAGAAGAGGCAGAGGUGAAGCAGAGUGUCGGACCUUCCUCUGGCAGUAUUUCAAAGAUGAGCAAAGAUGAGUAUGACAGACGUGGUGGUUCUUACAGCAGGUGCAAAAGCCUCUAUGGUGAAAACAGAGAUGUGACGGUUCGCAUAAGUUGUCUAAAUUGUAGUUCUUAUAACUCGUAUCAGCCAGUCAGUUUACAGGCCUCCUGUGAAGGCUACUGUAAUAAGAUUGACUGGUAUUACGUCGACCAUGAUGAUGAGGGUGACUCAGAUGAUUGUCAAGAAAAUAUGAUGGCCAAAAAUGGGUCAAAUUAUUUCCUUGCAGGAAGAGCAUGCAUAAAACCACAUGAACAGCAAUGUACAGUGAGGGCAAUCGGUGUAUCAGGCUUGAAGUAUGGAUAUGUUGAUUACACCUUCAAGGUGGGACAAGUCUUCAGUUCUUAUGACCAACAGACUCUCUAUGAGACCUUGCAGCAGGGAGCGCAGUUGGGUCCUGCCGCAGUUCAACUGUACCAGAAUAUAACCUCCAUUUUAAACCAGGAUGGAGACAAUGAGGGGAUGAGUGCCAGGGCACAGAUGCGAGAGCAGAUACUGCUCAUGAUGUCAGCUGCUUUCCAGGAGAGCUCUUUGGACACGAUGCAGGCUGCAGUGCAGAGAGCCAGCGUCCUGAAAAGCCUGGUCCAGAGGAGCGACGAGGUGACACCUUCCGCACAGCUGCAAGCUAGCUCCUUCCUGUACAAUCUCAGCAAAUCACUGCUCUCCCUGAAACUGAUGGACAGCGGAAAGCCCGGGGAGAUGACUGAUUUUGCUGUGAGUGUUGUCACGGCAACCAGCAGUAUCCUAGAGGCGUCUGGGGAUAGUUUGGUCACUCAGAACCAGACAUCACAUCUCUUGAUCAGCACUCUGGGUAACGUGAAAAGCGCCCUACUGUCUAGAAAGCAACCUGACCAGGAGCCCUUCAUCCUGACCUCAGAAAAGAUCAGCCUUUAUGCCAAUAGGCUGUCUCUGAGUAGUUUGAGUGGCAGGACUAUCACCACCAGCAAUACCAGCAAAGCUAGCUUCACCUUGCCGGAAAUUGCCUCCAGCUUCUCAGAAGAUAAGACUGUUGACGUGCAGAUGAUAAGUUUUAGUGAAAACCCAUUUUCAUGGGGCAGGGGGAAGGCUGUAGAGAAGACAGUGGGGGAACUUUCACUCUCCAGAGAGAAUGGAUCUACCAUACCGGUCAGCAACCUCACCGAGGAUAUUGAGAUCUUCCUUCCCAGACCAUCCGCUGACCCAGUGAAUAGUACAGUUCUGGUUUUGGGGAAUUUCAGCACUGUGAUGGUGAAUGUGACAGCUGGGAACCCCUCCCUAGUGCUGAAGCUUGAUCUGGCUCUAGAGGUCCCACUGCAGCUCUACCUGGGCUUCCAGUACCACCCCAAUGAGACCAACUUUGAUGCAGAAACACAGCUACCUGAUGAACGCUACUCUGGAGGGGAUCGGUACACCUGGGUUCUGAACCCUGACGAUCUGAGCUCAGGGGUCGGUGUUUAUUACAUCCUGCUGAGGCCUUCCUGGAACACAGGACCUACCUCCACCAACACAACCGUGUCCGUCACCUCCUUCGCAGUCAGCUGUGUGUACUGGGACGAGCUGAGCAGCAACUGGAGCACUCAGGGCUGCCGGGUCGGUCCCCUCACAACUUACAACGUGACGCAGUGUCUGUGCAAUCACCUGACUAGUUUCGGGAGCUCGUUCUUCGUCAUGCCCAAUAUGGUCGAUGUCUCACGCACCGCAGAGCUCUUUGCCACCUUCUCCAGCAACCCUGUGGUGGUGUGUACUGUGGCUUCCCUCAUUGGUGUGUAUAUCCUGGUCAUAAUCUGGGCACGAAGGAAGGACAUCCAGGAUGCUGACAAGCUGAAGAUCACAGUUCUGGAGGACAAUGACCCGCUGGCCCAGUACCGCUACAUGUUGACUGUCAGCACUGGCCAACGCCGUGGGGCUUCUACCUCCGCACAGGUGACGGUGACUCUGUAUGGAUCAGAGGGGGAGAGUGAUCCCCACCACUUGACUGACCCUGAGAAGCCGGUCUUUGAGAGAGGGGAGUCGGACAUGUUCCUGCUGACAACGCCCUUCUCACUGGGGGAGCUGCAGAGCCUGCGGCUGUGGCAUGACAACACAGGGGACCACCCUGCCUGGUACGUAAGCAGAGUUUUGGUGCACGACCUGGAGACAGAUCAGACGUCGCAAUUCCUGUGUAACUCCUGGCUCGCUAUUGACGUUGGUGAAUGCGUUUUGGAUAAAGUGUUCCCUGUCGCCACUGAGGCAGAUCUGAAGCAGUUCAGCAAUCUCUUCUUCAUGAAGACAACGAAGGAUUUCCGUGACGGACACCUCUGGUUCUCUGUGCUGAACCGCCCGGCAAGCAGCAACUUCACUUGUGUGCAGCGCGUGUCCUGCUGCUUCUCACUGCUGCUCUGCACCAUGCUGACCAGCAUCAUAUUCUAUGGUGUUCCCACGGACCCUUCUGAACAGAAGAUGGACCUCGGUGGGUUCACGAUCACCUGGCACCAGGUGUUGAUCGGGUUUGAGAGCUCGAUUCUCGUGUUUCCUGUCAACCUCCUCAUCGUCACCAUUUUCCGAAAAGUCCGCCCACGGGAAAAGAAGAAGGACCAGAAGAAAGAAGCAAAGCAACAGGACAAAACAGAGCAUGGAAAGACUGUCAGAGUGUCUCCUUCCCAGCCACCUUCCCCACAGUGUCCCACCAGGGAGCUGACACCAGAGGCUGUCAUAAAGGCUAUUAAGCGACUGGCUCAGUCGCUGUCAAAGACCAUGAAGAGCCCUGUCCCGCUGCUUCACAAAGACUUUGGCAGGACAACGGAUAUCAACCAGCUGCUGUCUAUGGUGGAGGAGAUCAUCCAUCAGCAGAACCGUGCUGGCGAGGAGUUCUACAAUGAGAGCCACAAGAAGGACAGCUCCCUGGUCCUCACACUUGGGGCUGUCGACUUGCAAGAGUCCAGCCCUGCUGAGAACCAAGUGAAAACCCCAGGGGAGGCUCAGCGCCGCAAUGAUUACAACCAGUACUUGUACAGACAACUGGAGCAUGUGGAGAGGGAGCUGGAGCUGCUCGGACCCAAGAGGUUCUCCACACCCCAGAGCUACAGCCAGGCCGUGAGGCAGGUGCAAGGCAUGAAGGGACUGCUCGAGAGACAGCUCUCCACUUCCUCAGCAACCGACCGGCUCUCUCAGUGCCCCGGCCCCACAGACGCUGACGUGCAGAAGAAGGGUUGCCAGAAGGGGCUGCCCUGGUGGUUCGUCUUCCUUGGCUGGCUCCUGGUGCUGGCUUCAAGCAGUGUCUCGGCCUACUUCACUAUGUUUUACGGGCUGCACUAUGGCAAGCAGGGCUCAAUUAACUGGUUGAUCUCUAUGUCUGUGUCCUUCUUCGAGAGCCUCUUCCUCACACAGCCGCUCAAGGUUCUGGGGUUAGCUAUGUUCUUUGCUCUGGUGCUGAAGCGAGUGGACCCAGAGGAGGAGAGUGAGGGGCACAUUGACAGGAUGCUGACAAGCUUAGGAGAUCCCGGUGCAGUGCUGAGCACUCGGAGAGACAGCAGCUGCAGUCUCUACCUUCCCCCCCCUCCCACCGACAUCGAGAAGAUGAAGAGCAACAUGCUCAAGGAGCAGAAGGUGUUUGCACUGAUCAGAGAGAUUGUGGCCUAUAUCGGUUUCCUGUGGAUGUUGCUACUGGUGGCCUAUGGGCAGCGUGACCCCAACGGUUACUUCCUGACAUCGCACAUCAGGCAGAGCUUCACCAGCGGUCUGUCUGACUCCAUGAAGCACGGAGACUUCUUUAACUGGGCCAAAAGCACCCUGCUGAGCAACCUGUAUGGGCCUUACCCAGGUUUCAUCACAGACGGGAACUCCAAGCUGGUGGGCAGUGCCCGAAUGCGUCAGGUCCGAGUCCAGAGAGACUCCUGUCCUGUGACCCGGUCGAUGCGCAGCACAGUGCGGGACUGCCACGCUCCCUACUCGUGGGAUCUGGAGGAUAUGGACUCGUAUGGACCAGGGUGGAACAUCUCAGCUCCCAGAAACACCUCCCAGUUCUCCAGCGUGUGGAAAUACCAGAGCCAGGGCAGCCUGAGAGCGUACCCCCUCUGGGGCAAUAUCGCUCUCUAUAGAGGAGGAGGCUACGUGGCAGUGCUGGGCACCGACAUAGAGAAUGCUACAAGUGUUCUUCAGUACCUGAUUGACAAUACCUGGCUGGAUGAAUACACACGGGCAAUCUUUGUGGAGUUCACUGUCUACAAUGCCAACCUCAAUCUGUUCUGCAUCGUGAAUGUCAUGCUGGAGACCAGCGCUGUGGGAGCAUUCCAGCCCCGCGCAGAACUGCACAACGUCCGCCUGUAUCAGGGCACUGGCGGCCUGCAGUUUUUUGUCAUGGGUUCUGAGAUCAUCUACUUUCUCUUCAUCAUCUACUACAUGGUUCUACAGGGCAAGCUGAUGAAGGAGCAGAGGUGGGCGUAUUUCAAAAGCAAGUGUAAUCUGCUGGAGCUGGCCAUCAUUGUCCUGAGCUGGAGCGCACUGUGUAUGUUCAUCAAGAGAACCAUACUGGGGAACCGCGACGUGGAGUACUACCAGAACCACCGAGACCAAUUCGCCAGUUUCUAUGAGACGGCCACUGCAGACUCAGCCCUGGGGUACAUCAUCGCCUUCCUGGUUCUUCUGGCCACGGUCAAGAUGUGGCAUCUCAUGAGGUUGAACCCCAAACUGAACAUGAUCACUGCCACUUUGCGCCGAGCCUGGACAGACAUCUCGGGGUUCAUCAGUGUCAUAGUCAUCAUGUUACUGUCCUACUCCAUUGCUACUAAUCUGAUGUUUGGCUGGAAGCUGUACUCCUACAGAUCACUGCAGGAGGCGGCUCUGACCAUGGUUAGCCUGCAGCUGGGAUUCUUUAACUAUCAGGAGGUCCUGGACUACAACCCAGUCCUAGGAGCAUUCAUGAUUGGCUCCUGCAUCAUCUUCAUGACCUUCGUGGUUCUCAACCUCUUCAUCUCCGUCAUCCUGGUGGCCUUCAGUGAGGAGCAGCAGCAGCACCAGCCUUCAGAAGAGGAGGAGAUUGUCGACAUGAUGAUAGAAAAGCUCUGCAGUCUCUUCGGGAUCAAACUGAAGAAACAGGAGAGCAGCACAGAGGACUCCCCUAAAAACUAGACCUCAGCGAGACACUUCAUACUGCAGAAAUAUCACCUACCCUUUAGUUACAUUGCACUGUAGCUACCAUUUUCCAGUUGUACCUACAACGUAGAGUUCUGUGCUGGGAAGAAAUUGUAGAAAUACCUUUAUUGUGAUGGGAUGUUUCUGCAUGUGCCCCCUCACAAUAUUUAGUGCUUAGCUCACUUCUAUUGACAACUUGCUUUGUUUUGUUUUUAAGAUGAAAGUCACACUUUCUGUAACUGCUUUGUUUCGGCAGCUGCAAGAAGCAAGUCGUUUGUUUCCUGUUGUUAAUGCACCUUUUAUGGCCUGGAGGUGUCGAUGCCAUUAAAGCAUCUGAAUGUAGUCUUUGCAGAUGAAUAACAUCUGUAGUCCCACAAACUAAUGGCAGAUUUUCAUUUGUACAGUAGCAGCUUACUGUUUUGAAAACUGAAAUUAUUGUGACCUACGUGAGUUGUGCUAUUUUUAUAGUUAUACUGUUGUGAAUUGUGCUAUAUAAGUUAUUUUUAUUGU